UUGAAUCAGCUGGUUGGCCAGUGUAGUUUGUUCUUGUGGAUUCUUCUGGAUACUCCUGCUUCCUUUCACAGUCUUAAAACAUCCACGUUAGGUUAACUGCUGAUUCUAAAGUGGCCUCUGGGGUAACCGUGAAUGAUUGUUUGUGUCUCUGUGUUGGCCAUGUGAUGAACAUUCAGCUGAGAUCCCUAACAACCUGUUAUUUUCCCUUCAUGGACUGAACAAUAUUUAUUCAUUCAUAUUCACUGUAUGUUCUGAUUUUGUGCACUAAAACAGAAAUAAUCACAACUUACAGGUUUGGAACCUUAACAAAGAGAAUCACUGUUUUCUUUCAGCCAACACUGAACACAAAAACCUCAGGAACUGCUCCAGGCUUUAAAAGGUCAAAUGCAAAUAAGCAGCCACUGUAAAAACCUUAUAGUAGAACUAUAAAACUCUCAAAAACAUUUCAAAUUACUGUAACCUUCAGAACAGUGUGAGACCACAGGGUAGCCCUUUUGUUUCUAAAUGAAAGGCAGAACGAGGAGCUGACGUAAGAGUGUUGGGGUCAGGCCCGUGUUUCCAUGUGGACUCACACAUAAAACUGUAUAGGGUUGUAGUACCUUUUGUCUUGUGAUAGCCUCAUUGCAGCUUCUGUAUUCACAUGCACUGCAGUGGAACAGAACAGAAUAAAACCAAAACAACACAACUCAAAAUGUUGAAUCCAGCUCACUUUACACAGUAAUGUUAGAUCAAAAUGAGUAACUAGAAACACAAGAUUCUACACGGUCUUCCUUAAGUCAGUCAGUUGCGCUGAUGUACAUUGUAGUUGUGCUGCAGUAUUUUCCUCAGAAGCCAAAUCUCUCACUGCGUCUGAACUUUGUGACUAAGAGAUCAUAUGUGGGAAACUCUUACUGCUGCUGUAAAACCAGGAGCAAGUCAGGUGAACGGGUACAAUGAAAAAUCAAACUCCAAUUUUAUGACGUAGCUACUGAUAACUGUCAUGUGCAACCCAUGGUUUUUGGUGUUGAUUCCCUGAACGGUUUACAAUUGACUCCAUAUCGAUGGGCCCAUAUCAUUUUGCUGUAUUACUGUUUUGGAAUACAGUUUUUUCAUUGCCUCAUGAAAGCCAUCUCAGAUUUGUUAAUAUAGAAUCAGUUUUAUAGUCAAAUAGAUCCACGUGCAAAGAAUCUGAUGUAGUGAUUUGGUGCAUUACAGUAAAAAAGCAGAGAAUGUUUAAUGAAGGAUCUAAAAAGAAAGUAAAUUUAGAAAUAAUAACCGUAACAAAUGCGUGCCACAAGUCAAAUAAAUCGCUAGUGUUGCAAACCUAAGGAAUUUUCAGUCAUAAAAAGUAGUAGCAAUACUGGCAGUGUGCAGGAAUGUGCAAAUUAUUCACUUCAGAAUCUGCAAAUUUAUUCAGUAUAUGGUGUGAACAACACACACAUUGAAUUAAUGAUUUCUAGUCAUUAACAAAGUCAGCUUUUAAAUUUCCAAAUUAAAAUAAAUAAAUAAAUAAAUAAAUAAAAGCUUUAAAAUCUCCACAUCGCCCAAUUAAAACCACAAGAAAAAUUGAAUCAGCUUCUCUACUAAUGGCAAAUCUAAAAAAAACAACCAUUGAGGAAAUUUAGGUUUAAAAACAUCAUCUUUUGGCGACCUGUCCAAAUUCUACUUUGCAGAGUCAUAUGCUUUCUCAAACCCUCCCCCUGCUACACUGAUUCUGCCUCAAACAAACUAACCUCACACACUCCUGCAUUCACCAGAGCAGCACAGAGGAGGACAAAUGCAACAACUAUGAGGGUCUUUAUCUCCUAUGAGGGCUUCACUGAGCCUUUGGACGUCCCCCCUGAUCAGACUGUGAUGGCCUUGAAGCAGACGGUGAAGCGCAACUUUCUUGUGCAGCUGUCUGAUAACCAGCAGGUCAGACAAUACCUGGAGCUAAGUUAUGGAGGCGCAGCGCUGCACGACAGCUGGGCUCUGAGUGACGUGGGCAUCGCAAGUGGCAGUGCCAUUCGAUGCUUCAUAAAGACUGAACAAAGGCCUGUGAUGUCCGUGUUUAAUACUGUGACAGGAGAAACUUUACCAAUAGAAGGAACUGCGUCUCUCCUUCAUACGUCUGUGGACAAACUGACGACCCUGAUAUCUGUUCAGUGUGGGAUACCAGUCAGCACGUUCAGGCUCAGAACACCUGCUAAUGUGCAGCUCUAUGACUGCAACUGGCUGCAGGACUACGCCAUUAAAAUGGGCACCAUUCUCCGUUUGGACACAUGGGAUGGGUGGGUGGAGUUCCUUCAAGGUUGCCUCCAAGGCCACAGAUUAACAGUCCAAGGCCACCUAUCAGAGGAGAAGCCAGUAAUAAGGUUCCAGCUGCGGGUGGCACUGUACAUCGCUGCCUGGUCAGGCCACCUGGACCUGGCAGGCUGGUUGCUGGAAAGAGGGGUUCAUGCAGAGGAACCAGUGGGAGUUCAUCCAUACCGACAGUGGUGCCAACAAACUGCCCACCAGGGCACCAGAAAGUGUCCCAUCCAUGCAGCUGCAGAGAGCGGUCAGCUCCUCAUCCUCAAACUAUUCAUAAACAACAACAUUCAAAGCUUGGCUUGUCGGGACCCUGAAGGUCGUGACCCUUUGAAAAUUGCCAUUCAGCGCGGUCACAGGGAAUGUGCACGCUACAUAGCCAGCAAGCUGUGCUCAGUAGUCUCUCUGCCAAAUAUGUCCCUGCCCAUGCACAUCUACCUCCAAGUAAAACGCUGGGUAAGUUCAGGGAAAAAAAGAGCUGCCUCCAAUCGAUGCCAUUACAACGGUGCUGCUUUUAAAGUCAGACUGGGGAAAACAUUGCUCAUAGAUGGCUUCAAUCAACCAAAGAUGUCCUCUAAAUCCAGGAAAGCUGAAACCAAAUCAAGAAGAGGAAUCAAGGCUUUACCACCCAUCAGCAACUUACUUUCAAUAUCCCAUCUCUCUUCCAAAGGGGCAAAACUUCUCACCCCCAGCCUGCAGUUUGCAAAAGAGAUGCAGGAAAAGCAAGCAAGUAUGGAGGGCAGAGGGGAUGGUGUAUUUGAUCAAAUAAAAGAAGGAAACAACAGCCUUCACAAGAGCAGCUUUAAACUCCGACCAGUCAACAGAGAGAAUGUUCCCAGGCUGGUGUUUGUUGGUGCAUCAUCAAAAUCCUUCCAUGUUCCAGAUGCAUCUGUGGAGUCCUCGUACCAAUGUGGCCAGACGCUGAGACAAAAUGCUGUGUACUGCUUGACUAUAGCCAGUACCUUCACAGAGAAGCCUUGGAUGAAGCAGCUGGACAUAGCACGGACUCUGGUCAGGAAGCAUGUCCACUCCAUGUUCUGAUGCUCAUGAAUGUGGGUGCUACAGAACACACAUCUGUGAGUCAUCAGCACAGCUGCAUGUGGAGCUCCGAUCAACUUCCUGAAACACUAUGGGCGACAAACAAUGCUUCAGAAUGACAACUGGGGAGUGUGUCUCAGGCUUAGUGUGCUAACUAAAAAUAAACCUGCCUAUGUUUGUCUUGAUAUGCUAAACCAAAGAAAAACAUACAGAAAUCACUAGGUAUGUUCAAAAAUUUGUUUGUGAAAGCAUUUUUUCUGAGACACUAGUCCAAGUGUAAGACUAGCUUUUUGAAAUGAUUUUCCUCUAGGUGAGACUAAGAGCAUAAAAACGUACUGUAGCUUCUGCCCUCACUGUGACCAUGCGUGUGUUGCAAAGCUUUCCAACCAACUAACUUAAACCCACUUAAAAUAAAGGUUUAAAAAAACAGCAGUUUGAGUUUGCUUUCACUGGAAGCAACUGUGUGACUGUGAAAGCACUGCUGUACAACAAAUUAAUUCAUUACUGCAAACCGGGAA